UCAGUGUCUGUGUGUGUGUGUGGAUCUAAUCGGCAUUAGACUGCACACAGCGGACGUGAUAACCCACGUAACAUUGACAAUAUAGACGGUUUUAUCUGCUAAAAUAAUGCAGGAUUCAUCUUAAAUGUAACCGAGCUAUCUACCUGCCUCCAUGUCAGUUAGCAACCCCUAAAAUCCCCUUUCUGUUCCACAACGCUCGUGGGUAAAACACACUAACCGUUAUUUCUUAAUUCAAAAUCUGACAGUUUAAAAACAGUGUGAUGACGUCAGUGGUGUAAACUAACUAAGUACAUUUACUUAAGAACUGUACUUUAGUACAUUUUGAGGUACUUGUCCUUACCCGAAUGAGCGUACUCCUGGAUAGCUGUCCUAUGAAAGCAGCCCCCCCCUGCAGUCAGCUCUGAGCGCGAUGGCGACGGCCAACGAGGUGACGGUGUCCAUGGCGGAGGUGGUGAUGGUGAAGGCUGAAGACGGAGACCCCGAUGACCCCAGCAAGACUCAGGUCAUCCUCCAGCUGCAGCCCAUCCCCACCGGUUUUCUUUACAGAGAAGAAUCCGCUGAAACAGACGCUGCCGUCAUGACUGUCGAAGCACAUGAAGAACAAGCUGACGGAGAUGACGUAGAAAUCGGCUGUCCUAUAACCUGCGGAGACUGUAAAGCUGUGCUGCUGGUGAAGAAAUUUGUUUGCCCAGGAAUCAAUGUGAAAUGUGUAAAGUAUGAAGACCAGCUGAUCAGCCCCAAGCAGUUUGUGCACAUUUCUGGAAAAGCCACUCUGAAGGACUGGAAGAGAGCCAUCAGGAUGGGGGGGGUCAUGCUGCGAAAAAUGAUGGACUCGGGUCAGCUGGACUUCUACGAGCACAACACGCUGUGCACCAACACGUGUCGCAGCACCAAGUUCGACCUCCUGAUCAACAACACACGCUUCCCCCCCGACGGCACGGGAGGACUCCCCACUCCCACCUCCUCUCAGACUCAGUUGGUUCUGGGUAACGGCAGCUCGGCUGGCGAGGACAGAGGCGACACGCUGAGUGCCAAGAUGGAUUGGAUCACCAGCUCCCUGGAGGCUGCAGAGAAGAAGGAGACCAGUGAGAUCUCAGAGGACACGCUGAACUUCUGGAAGGGCAUCGCUGACGUGGGUCUGCUGGGCGAGGUGGUGACCAACAUCAGCACGGAGCUGCAGGAGCUGCUGAACGGGGUGAAGCAGCGCAGGGAGCCGGCGGGCUUACAGGACACAGAUUCCUGUCUGGUAGAGGUGGCGGUGCUCAGUAACCUCGCUCAGGUGUUCGGCCUGCUGGACUCCGUCAAGAAGAUCCUGGAGACGAGGAGGCAGCAGACGGACCCGAGCCAGGAGCAGAUCCUGUGCACGCUCAGCAACCUGGAGGUGCAGCUGGAGGACCAGAGGAAGCAGCAGCAGGUCCGGGCUCUGCUCUCCUGCCCUCAGCCGGCGGCCAAAACCAAAACCCCCACCAAGCGUCCGCCCAAACGCCCCCGCCUGCAGAGACCCGCCUCCACCAGCGCCACCCUCCUCUCCUCCCCCAUCGCCCAGCAAACCACCCUGCAGCCCCAGCAGUUCACCGUGCUCUCCCCCAUCUCCCUCACCUCCAUGGGGCAGCCCUUCACCAUGGCGGGCCUCCCCCUCUCCUCCUCAAACACCGUCACCCUGCUGCCCGCCGGCUCGCAGCUCUUCACCCGCUACAUGCUGUCCGGGGACGGGAAGUCGGACACCAUCACGCUGCACCCGUCCUCCGGCCUCACGCUGCUCGGCACCGCCCUGCAGGACUCGGGGCAGCUGGGCACCAUGGUGAACCCUGUGGAGCUGCUGCAGCUCAGCCAGCAUGCGGGGGGUGGUGAGGGGAUGCCCAUCGAGGGACAGAUGGUGGACGGAACCAUGCUGGUGCAGCAGGAGGGAGAGGUGGAGGCGGGUCAGGAGCACACGGUCAUCGAGAUCAACCCGGCGCCGAUGGAGCAGGGGGUGGGCGUGAUGGAGCUGCAGCUGAGCGGAGACUCGGGUCGGGACGCCAUGAUGGUGCAGAGCAACAUGGACGAGACGCAGUGCCAAAUGCAGGAGGUGCAGACUGGGGGGGUGGAGGGGCUGCAGCUGGACGCCAGCGGGCAGCUGUCGGGCGUGCAGAUCGUGGUAAUAGAGGAAAACACUCAGGAAGAACAAAAGGACAAAUGAGACUCUCUUAUUCUACCCCUCGGACUGUCAGACUGUAAAUACUGGAUCUCCAAAUCCACGCUCUGCCUCGGCCUGAGACCAAGCUCUGGGGUGGUGGUCUACCUGCCAGCAAUGUGAACCGGGAAAUGCUCAAGACCGCAAUGUUUUUAUGUAAGAAGAGUCUCUAAAGCUAUAAAUUGACACAAAAUUCAUCAAAAUCAAUACAAAGAUGGCCAGUUUCCUUUUUAAACUGCCAUUUCUGAUCCUAAACAUGUCAGCAAUUGACUCAAUAAGCCCCCAAAACACUCCAAAAUUGUCCAAAUCGGUUUUAUUUUCAAAAUAUUGUAUGCAUAUGCUAAUUAAUGCAUAUUGUGCUCAUUUCUAUGUGCUGGGGACCUAUUUUCACAUAAAACUUUGGGGUAUUCAACAUUUCCAGGUUCAGAACAGGACUCUCUGAGUUGGCAACUAGACCAGUAGUCGGACAUAUUUCCUUUUUUUGGUGUGUGUGUGUGUGUGUGUGUGUGUGUGUGUGUGUGUGUGUGUGUGUGUGUGUGUGUGUGUGUGUGUGUGUGUGUGUGUGUGUGUGUGUGUGUGUGUGUGUGUGUGUGUGUGUGUGUGUGUGUGUGUGUGUGUGUGUGUGUGUGUGUGUGUGUGUGUGUGUGUGUGUGUGUGUGUGUGUGUGUGUGUGUGCGUGCGUGCGUGCGUGCGUGCGUGCGUGCGUGCGUGCGUGCGUGCGUGCGUGUGUGUGCGCGCGCGCAUGUUCCUCAACAUUUUUAUUGAAACAAAGAGGCUUCACAACAUCAAAUAUUCUGUUAUUUUAAGUAUGGUUUAUUACAACAUCAAGUAUUAAUAGUUGUGCCUCUGAUUUCUACCUGUUAUCAUGACGUUUUACUCACUGAAUUAAAACUGAGACGGGGCCAACACGAGUAGUCCGACAGAGAAGAAAGAAUGUUGUGUUCCCACAGUUUCUCCGUAAAAUUAUGGAAGAUUUCUGGUGUGCUCACUUGCGGUUUUAAGGUAUAACCUUUGACUUAAUGGGUACAGAUUUAGAGCAAAAAGGAAUAUUUCAACACCAAAAUGACCAUUUGUACACCAAUGUCUCUCCCUCUGCUGAGGAGUGUUUGCUUAUAUGCUUCAACAGUGAACAAAACAUCUCAAAAGGGAUAAAACACCAGUAAAACUAUCCUAACACAACUUAGGGAGACACAUUCUAGUUUCGUCUGUACAGUUUCUGAGCUCUUAUUAUUGCUACUACCAACCCGUUUACAUUUCAAAAAAGAGGAAGAGAUUUACAGCACAGUUAGCCUGAUGUCUAACCUCUGUUUUGGUCAUGAUGGAGCUUCACAGCUACAUAAACAACACAAAAAAAAGAUCUUUUGUGCAAAAACUAGGGUGGUCUGUCUCACUGCUCGUGUCGCUGUGUUCCCUUAUCUCAUCAGUGACCGUUACCAGUACAAUGUCAUCAAAACCAGCAGAAACGUUGGCCAAAAUCAGCUGAAUUGUAAUCCUCCUUUUAAGCCUCCAUGAACAACAUAAGGACAGAACAGACCCUCUGCACCCCCCCCUCCUCUCACUGUGGAUCAGACUCAUUACCAGGAGCAGUGUUGGUGGGAAGACUUGCACUGUUUGUGUCGUGGUUUGUUGUUUUUGCACUGUGAUGACAGGAAGAGGUUCGCCUGCUCUCUGAACCUUUCUCUGGGAUUGUUUUUAAUGUGCGUAGUGGAAUGGAGACAGACUCUCACUGGACACGCUCAUGCACUUAUUCUCAGUGUUUGUUUUUUUACCAUCCACACACUCCAUGACUAUGCUUCACCCAUGGCUUUAUCCCAGUAUGACAGACGGUGUGAUCUGCUGGGUUUUAAGUCAAUAUAUAAAGUUGAUGUCAAACUUGGUAUGCAUUUAUUUUACAGUUGUAAAAGUAGUGUUAUCAUAUUUAUUGGUUUGCAGACUAAAGACAUAAAUGAAUUUAUGGUUCAGGCUCACAUCAACAAAGACCGAUCCCACCAUUUCAGAUUAUUUAAAAUGAACAAUUGAGGAUAUUUGCAUACUGACUUUGUAAUGUGUUUUAAUAUCAGAUUAAAACUGAAAAGAAACGAA